CCAAUAACAGGCAUUAUACGUUUUAUUAGUCGUGCUACCGCAACUUGCAUUCGGCUUUUUCUCCCAUCGCCAGCGCUUGAGUACCAGCACACCAUACCAUAACCCGAGACCAUGAACCCAGAAACCCCCGCGGCCUCAGGAGACCCCCUGGCCGAGCUCAUUACCACGUACAACGAGCUCAACGGCGCUUUCAUCGACGAGUUGGACGAGGAACCGAGCCCCCUCGAGUUUAUGCGCUACGUCGCGCGCAACACACCCUUCGUCGUUCGCGGGGCGGCGUCCUCCUGGCAGUCGAACAGGACGUGGGAUAAGGAUUACUUGGUGCAGAUGUUCAAGGAUCAGACCGUCAACGUCGCGGUGACGCCGUUUGGCAACGCCGAUGCCCCGACUGAGCACGACGGGGACGUCGUCUUCGCAAAGCCACAUGAGGAAGACCAAGACUUUGAAGAGUUCAUCAACCACGUAAUCGACCAAGAAAGGAGCAGAGACACAGCCUCGGAAGUCCGAUAUGCCCAGACCCAAAACGACAAUCUCCGCAACGAAUACCUCCCCAUCUCCUCCCAGGUACCGCCCUCGAUCCCCUUUGCCCGCAUUGCCCUCGACCGCGACCCGGAUGCCGUGAACCUCUGGAUCGGCGCCUCGCGCUCCGUCACCGCGCUGCACAAGGACAACUACGAGAACAUCUACGUUCAGGUUCGCGGCCGCAAGCACUUCGCCCUACUCCCACCCUGCUGCCACCCCUGCGUCAACGAGAGGGCCCUUACGCCCGCGACUUACGUCCGUCGGGACGGCCGGUUGGAGCUGACCCUAGAUCGUGCCGAGGACGGGGUCGGCGGACCACCGGACGCGGUUCCUUUCGCGACGUGGGAUCCGGAUCUCCCAGGCGUCAAUGCGACGCCCUACUCCCGCCUCGCCGAGGCCGUCCGAGUCACCUUGGAGCCGGGUGACAUGCUCUAUCUCCCCGCUAUGUGGUACCACAAGGUUUCGCAGUCCUGCCCUGAAAACGGAGACGGCUUCGUCCUGGCCGUCAACUACUGGUACGACAUGGAAUUCAGUGGACCGCUAUAUCCUAUGAGCGCCUUUGUCAGAAACGUCGGCCUCCAAACAUGACAUCAACGACAUCGACAACAUUUGGGGUGAUAUAACGAAUGGCUAGACGCCCUCCAAUGAAUAGAAUAAUCAGCGUUUUCGCCGCUUAGUUGAGUCUCUUCUCAACCCUAGCAUGUGCCUUCACCAUAUGUACAAAUGUGUAUGCGCGAUAUACGC